AAAGAAAGAGAAGUUUUUUCCAUGCUCAGUGUAAAACUAUGUUAAACCGUGUAGUACACAACCAGUUGUGUUUGCGUGCCAAUCAUCUCGCACAGAAUGACAGAAUUAAUAUCAGAAACAUUUUUCCGUCGGUUCUCACUUCUCAGAUCCGGAAACAUCCAAAAACGCGGCUCUUGACUGAUUCACAGGGCCUGUUCCUCAACGUGGCUGCAUCUCAUGCUUAACAUAAUCUGCUGCUCCGUUAGAUUCUUAGCUGUGUCCGUGAGACAGCAGCUAGCCCAUAAACAGGGGAAGAAAUCAGAUUCUGCCCAUUUUAUUUGCAUUCCCCAGCAAAAACAGGGUGCCACGGCAACUACCGACGAUGCCUUUGCCCCCCUUGCCUCUCGGAAAAUCUAAGAAAAUUAUUAUUAUUAUAAAAUGAAACAGGGUUAAAAAGUCGAAGUUUCAUAUCCUAUUCUAUUCGAGGAACAGUUCGACUUUUCUGAUGUAUUUUCUCUAGAUGACAUGGAGAAUGCGUGUAUAGAUGGUGUCCUAGCUUGCCACAUCCUCACAAUGAAAACUAAUUACCAAGUACCCCAUCCGUUUUCAAAUUACAAAGCCUCUUUCGUUUCAUUAGGGCAAAAAACACUUGACCGGGAGUUACUCUGUUUUCUUUUUUUUUUAAUAACACAAGUAUACCAUGUUAUUUGGCGUAUAACUGAAGUUCUCGGUAUGAAUUCUGAUUACAGUUAACGGUGCUAGUUUUCUAGGUACUGUGAUGAAAAUUUGGAAUACAGCUUCCCGUGUUUAGAUCCACUGAAACAGGCACUACUCUUUACAAAUAUUUUUCUUCAGGUCAAAAGACUAGCUAGCGACAUGUUCUGAUCCUUCCGGCCAUAUCUAAGAGAAGGGUUAACCUAGUUAUUAUUUUAAUAUUAGAGGAUGGGGGGUGCAAUCAUAGAAACUUACUCUUCUGGUUUCUUUAUUCCAUUCCCUGCUGCCAACGAUAUAAGUCCCAACAGAUGCAGUCCUCCCGUGGAUGUUGCUCAUGUCAUAAUAGAGGGGAGGAUGGGAGGUGGUGGGACCGUUGCAUACUCCAAGUAAUUCCAUUGGUGCAUCCAAGAAGAGUAUCAACACCAUCAUCUUCUACCUUUAGAGGGUUCGUUCUUGUUCACAUCUACCAAUGGCGUACAAGAUGAAAGGCGUAUUCAAGGGCCUCAAGGUCAUUUCUCAGAUCUUCGUGGUCAAGGAGCAUCAGAUGGAGAUCGGUCAUCCCACUGAUGUGAAACAUGUUGCGCACAUAGGUUGGGACAGCCCAACAGGGAGAACAGCUUCUCCUAGCUGGAUGAAUGACAUGAAUGGGUCACCGGACUUCUCGUCACUGAGCAGCAUUGGACCGUCGGCACGAACCUCCUGGGCUUCUCAAGAUUUUGAGGAGCCUCGUGAUAUAUCACCCUUCGGCAUUUUCCCGGAAAAUCCCAAUCAAGAAGCAACCCCAUACCCUGACAUACCAAAGCCACCCAGGAAAUCAAGGAAGAAAUCCAAGACUGGUUCUCCGAGGGCAUCCGCGAGAUCCUCAAGGUCAUCAAGAUCAAGGUCCAAAAGCUCAUUUUCAUCUACCGCUAACACUAUUGGUGCCAAUGACAAGCAACCUGAAAUCCAGACUGUAUAGACCAUUUUGUUCAGAUGAGCUUUGGCGAAGGUAAAGUAGGACGUCAGGGUUCUGACUUCUGAGACUAAAACUAUCCUCCCGUAUUCCAUUGAGAUUGAAACAAGACUGAUUCUUUUUAACUCUUUAUGUUAAGUGGGUGAUUAUAAGUAUGAAUUGUUUUAUUCUUUCCAA